AUGGCGCCACAUUGACAGAUGAAGAUGAAGUCACAACUACAAGCAGCAGCACUCUGAUCACUCACACAGAUGGGGCGACUACGGGCGAACAGUUAGAGACAACGAGCACCGGAUUAUCUGAGGGAGACACGACCAACAGUGUGGAGAUAGUCAUUUGGGUUGCUAUGUUUAUCACUGUCAUUCUGGUGUUUAUUGCUACAGUCGUGCUGUGUAUGCUUCAAAGAAAAAAGCCACCUAAGAGAAAGUCGACUGCCAAAGCUAUUAAACUGGACGAGACUAAGACUCCGCAGGAAGAGCAUAAGAGCCGUGCAUCAGAUUCUUUAUGGAUUACAGAAGAGCGUGUAGAGACUAAACGAGAAAG